GGGCGGGCGGUCCGCAGCAGUGCCUGCAGGACCCCGGAGUUGGCGCGGGCUGCCCGGGGAAGCGUCCAGAGGACCCCGCCCGCUAUCCAUGCUGAGGUGAGUCCGCGGGAGCUACCGUCGUCCGUUCUCCGCUGCCGCUCCGCGCGGCCUUGCCGCCAGCCAGGAUGCUGGAGGAAGCAGGCGAGGUGCUGGAGAACAUGCUGAAGGCGUCGUGCCUGCCGCUCGGCUUCAUCGUCUUCCUGCCUGCGGUGUUGUUGCUGGUGGCUCCGCCGCUGCCCGCCGCCGACGCUGCGCACGAGUUCACAGUCUACCGCAUGCAGCAGUACGACCUGCAGGGCCAACCCUACGGCACGCGGAACGCAGUGCUCAACACGGAGGCGCGCACCAUCGAUGCGGAUGUGCUGAGCCGCCGCUGCGUACUCAUGAGGCUGCUGGACUUCUCAUAUGAGCGGUACCAGAAGGCCCUGCGGCAGUCGGCCGGUGCCGUGGUCAUCAUCCUGCCACGGGCCACAGCGGCCGUGCCCCAGGACGUCAUCCGGCAAUUCAUGGAGAUUGAGCCUGAGAUGCUGGCCAUGGAGACCAUCGUCCCCGUAUACUUCGCUGUGGAAGACGAGGCCCUGCUCUCCAUCUACGAGCAGACGCAGGCGGCCUCCACCUCCCAGGGCUCUGCCUCUGCCGCUGAAGUGCUGCUCCACACAGCCACUGCCAAUGGCUUCCAGAUGGUCACCAGUGGGGUCCAGAGCAAGGCCGUGAGUGACUGGCUCAUCACCAGCGUGGAGGGGCGGCUGACGGGGCUGGGUGGAGAGGACCUUCCCACCAUCGUCAUCGUGGCCCACUAUGACGCCUUCGGAGUGGCCCCUUGGCUGUCACACGGCGCUGACUCCAAUGGGAGUGGCAUCUCUGUGCUGCUGGAGCUUGCCCGGCUCUUCUCCAGACUGUACACCUACAAACGCACCCACGCUGCGUAUAAUCUUCUGUUCUUUGCCUCCGGAGGGGGAAAGUUUAACUACCAGGGGACCAAGCGCUGGUUAGAAGACAACCUAGAUCACACAGAUUCCAGCUUGCUCCAGGACAAUGUGGCUUUCGUCCUCUGCCUGGACACUGUGGGCCGGGGGAACAGCCUGCACCUGCAUGUGUCCAAGCCGCCCAGGGAGGGGACACUGCAGCAUGCCUUCCUGCGGGAGCUGGAGAUGGUGGCUGCUCACCAGUUCCCGGAGGUGCGCUUUUCCAUGGUACACAAGAAGAUCAACCUGGCGGAGGACAUCCUGGCCUGGGAGCAUGAGCGCUUUGCCAUCCGCCGGCUGCCCGCGUUCACCCUGUCCCACCUAGAGAGCCACCGUGACGGCCAGCGCAGCAGCAUCAUGGAUGUGCGGUCCCGGGUUGACUCUAAAACCCUGACCCGCAACACGAGGCUCAUCGCAGAGGCCCUGACUCGAGUCAUCUACAACCUGACCGAGAAGGGGACACCCCCGGACAUGCCAGUCUUCAUGGAGCAGAUGCAGAUCCAACAGGAACAGCUGGACUCAGUGAUGGACUGGCUCACCAAUCAGCCCCGUGCUGCCCAGCUGGUGGACAAGGAUGGCACGUUCCUCAACACACUGGAGCACUACCUGAGCCGCUACCUGAAGGAGGUGAAGCAGCACCACAUCAAGGCCGACAAACGGGACCCCGAGUUUGUCUUCUAUGACCAGCUGAAGCAAGUGAUGAAUGCUUACAGGGUCAAGCCGGCCAUUUUCGACCUGCUCCUGGCUGUUUGCAUCGGCGCCUACCUUGGGAUGGCCUACACAGCGGUCCAGCACUUCGAUCUCCUAUACAAAACAGUUCAGAGACUGCUUCUGAAGGCCAAGACGCAGUGACAUGGCCGAGCCAGCACUGGGGGCCCCGCCAGCUGCUCUCACAAUGCACGGUCAGCGGGGCUCGCUCUGCAACGAUAUCCCAAAUUACAGAGCUUUUCUGUAUUGCUCUUGAGGAUUUGGGGAAUUCUUUCUCUUUUUUGUCCUUGGAACUCCCUUGGAGGAGCAUUGGGUGGAGUCCUGGGGCCAGACCACCGACUUGGGAACAAGCUGUGGAUGAGUCCCUGGCCCAGGGGUCGGCCCUGCAGUCUGCAGGGUACUAAGCCAGUGUGGAUGGAAGGAAACUCGCCUGGCACAGCCCAGAGGUCUGUGCCUGUGCUCCCCGCUGUUCCCAUCCCCCUUGGUGACUCGGAUACUCACUUCCUGUUUGUCUGAAGAGGGCAGCGCCAGCCUCUGGGUCCCCGGGUUGCAGUUUCUCUCCCGGAAGCCUUGUGUGCCCCACUCAGGCCAGGGCUGAAGGAAUGCAUCUUCCCUGAACCCCCGUUGGAUGGCUGAUGACCUGAAGACCCGGCAGCGUCCCUCACUCCACCUCCCUGUCCGGUCCCUCGUCGCUUCCCGUCACUGGAGCCUAUGGUGCCUCUGCUGCCUUUUGCUGUGCCCCAAGGCUGCCUUUUCUGGGCUCCCAACCCCUGGCCCUCAAGGGGGAACCUGGUGCCUGCAGAGGCCCCCGGGCUGGAAGCAGUCCUAGAGGAGGCCCUGUAGGAGAGGCCCCCUGCUGGAGACCUACUGGCCUCAGCUAACUUGCUUCUUUGCCUGGCUCCCUGGGCCUGUUUCCUCAUCUGUGAAAAAGAGAAUGGAGUGUCCUGGGGGAGCAACAUCCAUGUUGGGGGUGUCAAGCGGGAGCUUGCUGGAGAGACAUGACUGUGGGACCCAGAGGGGGAAGGUUGGGCUCCGUGGGGGCCUUGACCGAGCCCUCACUCCACAAACUGGGCACCUUGUGGGGUGUGAGCUCAAGAGGUGGGGAGGAGGCCUCCAGUGCUGGAUGGACCUCAGGGAGUUCCAGGUGUACUAAUUCAUGAGCAAUAUAAUCAAUUAAGCGUUAAGUGCUAAGGGGAGGGCCAGGAUAAAGGAGAAGGGGCUCCAAGCACCCAGGCACUGUCUCCACGGCUACCAGGGAGGUCUGAGCGGCUGGAAGGGACAGGAGGACUGACCCUCCCAAACCCUGCCCAGCCUGCCGCCGCCCCCUCCCUGAAGCCAGAUAGCUGGAGGGACUGGGUUCUUCUGGGGACUGUGUCUCCGCCCUGCCCGGUGAUUCCCCCAGAAACUGUUUACGGAAUGCCCGGUCCCUCUGGGUCCUCAUGCCAUGGGGGACGGGAGUAUGACAGCGGUGGGUGUGCUAUCUGGGGUUGCCGAGCGAGCAUCUUCCCUCCCCCAGAGCAGCUCAUCAGGACCACUGACCGUUCAGAGCUCAGGCUGAUUGUGGGACAGUUGGACGAUCAGAAAAUAAAGCCAUAUCGAACAAUCA